GCUGAUGAUAUCCGAGCUUUGCUGAUAGAUGCAAUGCCUCCUGAAGCUUUGCCUACGUGCUUUAAGCCUCAAGCCACUGUUGUUAGUGCCUCCCUGAUCUCACCAGCAUCUACACCGUCCUGCCUCUCCGCUGCCAGCAGCAUAGACAACCUCACGGGGCCACUGGCAGAACUUGCCGUAGGAGGGGCAUCAAAUGCUGGUGAUGGAGCAGCAGGAACUGAAAGGAAGGAAGGAGAAGUUUCUGGUCUUGACAUGAAUAUUACCCAGUUCCUAAAAAGCCUGGGUCUUGAACACCUUCGGGAUAUCUUUGAGACAGAACAGAUAACCCUGGAUGUGUUGGCAGACAUGGGGCAUGAGGAGCUUAAAGAAAUUGGGAUCAAUGCGUAUGGGCACCGCCACAAAUUAAUAAAAGGAGUGGAGAGACUUCUAGGAGGGCAGCAAGGCACCAAUCCUUAUCUGACUUUCCACUGCGUGAGUCAGGGGACCAUUCUUCUUGACCUUGCUCCUGACGAUAAGGAGUAUCAGUCUGUAGAAGAGGAGAUGCAAAGUACGAUCCGGGAGCAUCGGGAUGGUGGGAAUGCUGGCGGGAUCUUCAACAGGUACAAUGUCAUCAGGAUUCAGAAGGUUGUGAACAAGAAGUUGCGGGAGAGAUUCUGUCACCGACAGAAGGAGGUUUCGGAGGAGAAUCAUAAUCAUCACAAUGAACGCAUGUUGUUUCAUGGGUCUCCUUUUAUUAAUGCUAUCAUUCACAAGGGAUUUGAUGAAAGGCAUGCAUACAUUGGAGGAAUGUUUGGAGCUGGAAUUUACUUCGCCGAGAACUCCUCAAAAAGCAACCAAUAUGUGUAUGGGAUAGGGGGAGGAACAGGCUGUCCCACACACAAAGACAGGUCCUGUUACAUCUGCCACAGACAAAUGCUCUUCUGUAGAGUGACCCUUGGAAAAUCCUUUCUUCAGUUCAGCACAAUGAAAAUGGCUCAUGCCCCUCCAGGGCACCAUUCUGUCAUUGGCCGGCCAAGCGUGAAUGGACUUGCGUACGCUGAAUAUGUUAUCUAUAGAGGAGAACAGGCAUACCCGGAAUAUCUCAUUACAUACCAGAUUGUGAAACCAGAAGCUCCCUCUCAGUCAGCGACAGCAGCAGAGCAAAAGACCUAGUAGCUACAGAGCAGCAAAGAAGGAUGUGACUUCAGUCCUGGACUGGAUGGAUGCGUGUUUCAGAAAUUCAGUAUCAUAACAUUCUUAACAACCUGGAAAUAAGCUGUAUGUCUUUUAUAAAGCAUUGCUGUCCUGAUGAGUGCGAUAUGAGUAACUCUGGCAUACUCAACUGCUACUGUUCCUUUUGAGGAAAGUUUACAAGGGACUGCCUUUUAAUAACAUAUCUCAGGCUCCUAGUCUCUGCAGUUACCAUGUGUAAAAUAAUGUUGUUUUGAUCUAGACUUUGGGAACAUUAUUGAGCAAAUGGAAAUCUUUAUCGAUGCCAUCUCACA